UUUUUGCGCAUUUGGCUCCUGAACUAAAAAAACCCCAACGAAUACUCCUUUUUAUAAAUUAUUGCGCAAUAUUCAGCCUCAUCAUGAAAAAGAGGCAGCCGUUGCUCCAAAUCUUUUAUAUUUUAUUAUCUCUUACGAUACGGGGACAUUGAAAAAUCACGCGCAACGAAUAAUGGAGAAUUAAUUAUCUCAAUAAUAAUUUCCCGUAAUUUUUCGUAUUUUGUGAUGACUAUUUGAUUACCUCCAUAAUUGUAUGCACGUAUUUUAUGAUAAACAUUGCUAAUUACCAUUUUACGAAUUUUUUUCAAGAGAGAAGACGUACUAUCAAACUUUAUUACUUUUAAAACUUAAAACUUCAAUAAAACUGCUAUUUUAAUAGCAACAACUCUCUACACAGACUCAGUAGUUUGUGUAAAAACUCAAGAACAGUUUAUUAUAAUGGAAAACAAUGACGGAGACCAUGAAAUGAUAGUAGAAGACUUCAACGAACUAUUUGAAGAAAAGUCAGUAGCUCAUGAAAGUAUCAUAUUAACAGAAGAUGACAUUAGUGACCCACAUAUUCAUAUAGAUUUUGAAAAACUUUCAAAUUACAAAGUCGAACAUUUAAAAAGAUGGCUGGUAUUCCGAGGAGACACACUUCAAGGCAUUACAACUUUGAAAGAAGCUCAAGUUCGUGUUAUGAGCUAUUUCGAAAAUAAAACUGAAGCCAAAAUUGUAGAUCCUACACCUGAUAAAAUCUGGCUACGUAAAAAAGCAGAAAAAAUGGGAGUUAUUUUGAAACCGCUGUGGAAAGAGGGAAUGCUUCCAUCAGUCCCUUUGAAACUCAAAGCUGAUAUGUCAAAACCAACUGAUUUAACAGGUUGGUCGAAAUCCUUGAAAGGAAUGCCAAAUUUUACAGUUGAACAUAUUCAAAAUUACCAUGAACAUAUCAAUGAAACAUUUUGUAAAAAUUCAACAAUAAUAAAGAAACAUUUUAUGCGCGGCGAACAAUUCCUCGAAGAGAAGUUCUUAGAUACUGAUACAAUAUAUGUUAAAGAAGAUGAAACAAUAUUUUGUUUGAAGGGUGUAGCUGCAGCUAGUUUGAAAAAAGCAAAUAGAUGGGCUUUUUUAGCUAUAGAGAAAAAACCCUCCAAUAUUGAGUUUGCGAACUGUCAGUGUCCAGCUGGACGUUGUGGGACAUGUUCUCAUGCAUAUGCUAUGAUGAAACUUUUAGCAAAGUGGGUAGUAGAUGGCCUAUCUAUGGUACCGGCAACUAAAGCAUGUACUUCAAAGCCCUGCGUGUGGAAUGUUCCGCAGUCCAGAGGUAGAAUAGAAAAGGUUCCUAUCAUGGAAAUGAUGAUCAAGUCUCCUCCAUCGAAAAAAAACUAA